AUGAACUUAAUUCCAAAAAAAAGAAAACCUUUCAAAAGUUUAUUUUCCACGAGGAAAUCUGAAGGGUUUUUUAAAAGUUUGAUUAGUGGACAUCUUAUUAACGACGAUGAAAAAUUUCGGGAAUUUCUUCGUCUAAAUCGUGAUCAAUUCAAUUUUAUCUUAUCUUUGGUCCAAGAAGAAAUAACGAAGAAACCGACAUUACGUGUACCUGAGCCAAUAUCUCCAGAGAAAAAACUAGCACUUACUUUGAGGUACCUAGCAACAGGAGAAUCCUUCCGAUCUUUGGCAUUUGCUUUUCGUAUUUCCCACAGCUAUAUUAGCAUUAUAGUGAGAGAAACUUUAGCAGUUAUGAAACAAAAAUUAAUGCCACUAUUUUUGCCUGAUCCCAGUAAAGUUGACUUAAAGACUAAAGCAGAUGAAUUUUAUCAGAAGUGGAACUUUCCUAAUUGUGUACUGGCAAUUGACGGAAAACAUGUUAGAAUCCAAUGUCCAAGUAAUUCAGGUUCUUUGUUCUUUAAUUAUAAAGAAUAUUUUUCUAUCGUGUUGUUGGCUAUGGUGGACGCAAACUAUAAAUUUAUAGCUAUUGAUGUCGGAUCGUUUGGUAGAGAAGGAGAUAGUGGAAUUUUUUUGAAAUCAAGUAUGGGACAACAAAUAUUGAAUUGUACAUUUGGAUUCCCUGAGGAUUGUGCACUUCCUGGCACUGACAUAAAAGUUCCACACGUCAUACUUGGUGAUCAAGCUUUCAGACUGCACAAACAUAUUUUAAGACCAUUUUCACAAAAGUCAGCCAAAGGAGAUAGUAAAAAAACAAUAUUUAAUUAUCGACUCAGUCGUGCUCGACGAGUUACAGAGAAUGCUUUCGGAUUAUUAAGUAAAGUAUUCAGAACGCAUAAUUGGAAAAAAAAUGGAAAGAUAUUUUAUCAACCCGAUUCAGAAGAACCUCCUAGUGCUAACAUGACGUCUUUGGCCAGUGAAAGUGGAUUUUUAAGCACAGAAGGCAUCGCAGUGAGAGACAUUUUUAAAGACUAUUUUGUCAACGAAGAAGCUGUAUCGUGGCAAACAUAA